CCAAUACUAAUCAUUUUAAUAAAACUGGAAUAUUAAGCACACAAAGCAAAAUGUUGGAUCGAUGUGAAAUGCCGGUUCAGAUCGACAACGACAAAUGUCGUCGUGAUCGUGAUGCACGUCUCUCCAAUUCACGUAUCGAUUUACCAAAUCUCUGCAGUAAUGGCACAACACGUGGCUCAUCCCGCAACAAUCAUCAUCACUCGAAUGGCCAUCAUCAUACAUCACAAAUGCAACAACAGCAAAGUUCACAUCGCAGUCCAUCGAAUGGCAAUCUAAAUAACAAUAAUAACAACAGCAAUAGCAACAAUAAUAAUAACAACAACAAUAAUCUAGGUUCACCCGUCUCUUCAAAUACCGUGUCGUCACAUGGCAAUUCAUCAAGCGGUGAACGGGGUUCGUCAACAAAGUCGAACAGCAGUACGGGUAGUGCCAAUUCAGGCAGAGAUGAAAUGAAAUGUAUAACACCGAUGACACCAUCAGAACUUGUUAAAAAAUACAGUAACUAUUUAACUGACAUGGAAUUCGAAGAGCUCAAAGUCUACAAGGAAAUUUGGUAUUUUGGUCAAAAUGCCAAUAAGAAUUACUCCAAUAAGCCAGCCGCUUCCACUACCAAUUCGGGUUAUGAUGAUGAAUUGGGAAAUUAUAAAAUUAUUGAACAUGAUCACAUCGCCUUUCGUUAUGAAAUACUCGAAAUAAUUGGUAAGGGUAGCUUUGGCCAGGUCAUACGCGCCUUGGAUCACAAAACCAAUACCCAUGUGGCCAUAAAAAUCAUACGCAAUAAGAAACGUUUUCUCAAUCAGGCUGUGGUUGAAUUGAAUAUAUUGGAUGAGUUGCGUGAAAAGGAUGCCGAUGGAUCUCAUAAUGUUAUACACAUGUUGGAUUAUAUGUAUUUUAGGAAACAUUUGUGUAUCACUUUUGAAUUAAUGAGUCUUAAUUUAUAUGAGCUGAUCAAGAAGAACAACUACAAUGGCUUUAGCAUGAGUCUAAUUCGUCGCUUUUGCAAUUCCAUUGUAAAAUGCCUGCGCCUGUUGUAUAAAGAGAAUAUUAUACACUGUGAUCUCAAACCGGAAAACAUACUCCUUAAACAGCGUGGCAGCAGCUCAAUAAAGGUCAUUGAUUUUGGCAGCUCAUGUUAUGUCAAUCGCAAAGUCUACACCUACAUCCAAUCGAGAUUCUAUCGUUCACCCGAAGUCAUAUUGGGUCUGCAAUAUGGCACUGCCAUUGAUAUGUGGAGUUUAGGUUGCAUUCUUGCCGAACUUUACACCGGCUUCCCCUUGUUCCCCGGCGAAAAUGAAGUCGAACAGCUAGCCUGCAUUAUGGAAAUACUUGGACUGCCGCCAAAAGAUCUCAUUGCCACAGCUACCAGACGUCGUCUGUUCUUCGAUUCACGUGGUGCCCCGCGUUGCGUGACAAAUUCGAAGGGUCGCAAACGCACCCCCGGCACCAAAAACCUCUCCCAGGUGUUGGUAUGUCAAGAUCGUCAUUUCAUUAAUUUCCUUUAUCGUUGUCUGGAAUGGGAUCCUGCGGAGCGUAUGACCCCCGAUGAGGCCGCUCAUCACGAGUUCUUGCAACCAUCUUCGUCUUCCCGUCAUCGUUCGUGUCGCAUGUCAACAUCAUCAUCCACCGGUGGACUCAAUUCAUCCUCGCAGAAAUCAUCGUGUUACAGUUUUGCCGAUAUCUCACCCUCGGCCGCGAAUGGCGGUGGCAGCGGUCCCGUUGUGGCCUCCAUUACCAGCACCACAACCGUUAGCAAUGCUGCCAUCACCACCACAACCAACAAAUCGACACGCUCCACAAACAUACCCCACAUGACCACAUCAACUACCAAUGGGGGCAGUGGCAGCCAUCAUCAUGUCUCCACAUCACUGCAUCCCACACAUGCUCAGUCCUCAGGUCAUUUACCCGACAUUAAGCUAUCGGCUGGUGAUAAGUACAAUAGCAUGCAAAAAAUGGCUGUGCGUUCGAAGAUAACAUCAUCGGUAUCAGAUCUCGAAUCCGUGCAACAAUAUUCGUUGCAUCGUCUCUACGGAACCACAGGUGGUUCCAAUGGCACCCUAGUGGGUGGUCACAGCAAUUCACAUCUUACACAAUCUGCAUCACGUAAACACUUGAUAACCGGUACCGUGGGUUCAACAUCAUCGAUCAAAUACGGCGGCAUUGCCACACUGGGUCAUACCCAUCACAAUGGUCAUCAUGUGCCGCAAUUGAAUGGCUCCUCGCAUCAUACCACAGCCUCGAAUAACAAUAUCAAUAUGUCACAUUCGCAAUCGACUGGCGAUGUGUCGGCCAUUUUCGGACGUGCUUGACUUCGUGCCCGAC